CGACUUCAAAAACACUCCCGCUCCCCUUUUUCGCGUAUCCCCACUUCUCCCACAUCCCUUCCCUUCAUCCGAGCUUUGAACUGCCACAAAUGAUUCUUCCGAUUCAGCCACGACCCCUCACCCGAGCUUUGAACCGCCACAAACGAUUCUUCCGAUUCAGCCACAACCCCUUACCUAGUCUUCUCUGCGAAAUUAGCCCCAACCAACCGCCGAUUCUCUGCAAGCAUCGUCCCCGCCAACCCGACUCUCUGCAAGCCUCUGUUACAGACCAAUUCUAUGGCCAGAAAUAUCAACGUAGAAAUCACAUGAUCAGGAAGGGUGAUUCUGGGAUCCAAAGUGGCUGAGAAAGAAAUAUGUGAUCUGGCGAUUUUAGGAAUCAUCCUAAUUAGCAGCUUCCUAAUUAGCAUUGAUCUCUUUAAUUAUUUCUAGCUUCCUAUUCAGCAGUUUCCUCAUUAGCAUUUAUCUCUUUUCAAUAAUUAUUCCUAUUAUGCUUUAGGCAACUUCUUAAUUAGCAUUUAUCAGGACUCUUGUAAUAGCUACAUAAGGGUCAUUAGUAUUAUUCAAUAAACAGC